AGGAUGGAUAGAAUGACAGAAGAUGCUCUUCGCCUGAACCUGUUAAAGCGGAGUUUGGACCCAGCAGAUGAACGAGAUGAUGUCCUGGCCAAACGACUCAAAAUGGAGGGGCACGAGGCCAUGGAACGUCUAAAAAUGUUGGCACUGCUCAAACGGAAGGAUUUGGCAAAUCUUGAGGUGUCGCAUGAGUUACCUACUAAACAGGACAGCAGUGGUGUCAAAGGAUAUGAAGAGAAACUCAAUGGGAAUCUCAGGCCUCAUGGAGACAACAGGACUGCUGGGAGGCCAGGCAAAGAAAACAUCAAUGAUGAGCCUGUGGAUAUGAGUGCUAGACGGAGUGAGCCAGACCGAGGAAGACUGACACCCUCCCCAGACAUCAUCGUUUUGUCAGACAAUGAGGCUUCCAGUCCCCGAUCCAGCUCCCGAAUGGAAGAAAGACUCAAAGCAGCCAACCUGGAAAUGUUUAAGGGGAAAGGCAUUGAGGAACGGCAACAGCUUAUCAAGCAGCUGAGGGAUGAGCUGCGAUUGGAGGAAGCCCGACUGGUGCUGUUAAAGAAACUGAGACAAAGUCAGCUACAGAAAGAGAAUGUGGUCCAGAAGACUCCAGUUGUACAGAAUGCAGCAUCUAUUGUUCAGCCAUCUCCUGCCCAUGUGGGACAGCAGGGCCUAUCCAAACUUCCCUCCCGGCCUGGAGCUCAAGGAGUUGAACCUCAGAAUUUGAGGACAUUACAGGGUCACAGUGUCAUCCGUUCAGCAACCAAUACCACCCUCCCACACAUGUUGAUGUCUCAACGUGUUAUUGCACCAAACCCUGCCCAGCUACAGGGUCAGAGGGGCCCACCAAAGCCUGGCCUUGUACGCACCACAACACCCAAUAUGAAUCCCGCCAUCAAUUACCAACCGCAAUCAAGUUCUUCUGUUCCCUGUCAACGCACAACAUCCUCUGCUAUCUACAUGAACCUUGCCUCCCAUAUGCAGCCAGGGACCGUGAAUAGAGUGUCCUCACCACUUCCUAGCCCCAGCUCCAUGACUGAUGCUGCCAACUCACAAGCUGCAGCUAAACUGGCACUUCGCAAGCAGCUGGAAAAGACACUCCUGGAGAUUCCACCCCCUAAACCUCCUGCUCCCUUGCUUCACUUUCUGCCUAGUGCAGCCAAUAGCGAAUUCAUCUACAUGGUAGGCUUGGAAGAAGUCGUACAGAGUGUCAUCGACAGCCAAGGCAAAAGCUGUGCCUCACUUCUGCGGGUUGAACCUUUUGUUUGUGCCCAGUGCCGCACAGAUUUCACCCCUCACUGGAAGCAAGAGAAGAAUGGUAAGAUUCUCUGUGAACAGUGUAUGACCUCCAACCAGAAAAAGGCUCUAAAGGCUGAACACACCAACCGACUGAAAAAUGCUUUCGUUAAAGCCCUACAGCAGGAACAGGAAAUUGAACAGCGAUUACAGCAGCAGGCAGCCCUCUCCCCCACCACUGCUCCAGCUGUGUCCAGUGUCAGUAAACAGGAGACCAUAAUGAGACAUCAUACGCUUCGGCAGGCUCCACAGCCUCAAAGCAGCCUCCAGCGUGGCAUACCCACAUCUGCCCGUUCCAUGCUUUCCAACUUUGCACAGGCGCCCCAGCUGUCUGUGCCAGGUGGCCUCCUUGGUAUGCCAGGUGUCAACAUUGCAUACUUGAACACUGGCAUCGGAGGACACAAAGCCCCCAGUUUGGCAGACCGACAGCGGGAAUACCUUUUAGACAUGAUCCCUCCCCGGUCUAUAUCGCAGUCCAUCAGUGGACAGAAAUAACGCCUGUUCACUUGUACUGCCCCAACCGAAUCCUAUAUCCCUUUUCCUCUCCCAUUGCCCCCAACUCCGUCGCAUGCAGUGCCUGUACUGGUGCCUACCAUACACGGAAAACAAAACAGAAAAACAGAAGACAAAAAAUAGAAAUCAACAAGAAAACACACGCCCUGCCCCACCACCUCCCCUUUAUUUACACUGCUGCGAUCUAUUCUUCUGCCGCUCUGUCUUCUCUCUUCGAUUUUCUUUUAACAGUGAGGUGUGGAUCUUCGCCUCGGAUAGAGGUCGGAAAGAGGUCCUGGGGAAAAACCUUGAAGUCCUCUGACGUGUGUUUCUAAAGUUUGUUUUUAUGCUAUAUAAUUAUUAUCAUUUUUAAUGAUGUUGUGUGUCCUCCCUUUGUUCAGUAGACGGUUAAAUCUUUUUUCAUUUCCCCCCAAUAUUUUUUUUUCUUUCCUUUGACAUAAAUGACAUUCAGUUAAAUGAUAGGAUCACUGCAGUAGGGUCCCCAACUGCCAAGUAGAACCUGACCUGGAGUGUUAGGGGCAAAAGUUUGUAAUGCACUUAACCUGGGUGGGAGGGAGGUGGUGGCAUCUAACAAGGAGGAAUAGCACACCAACUGUGGGUAUUUCUGGGCUGGACAGUUUGAGGGGGCAGUGUUUAGUAUUAAAGUUAGGCUCUAAAAAUGAGGGGAAAGAGCCUGAAGAGAGAAGCUUUAAGACUUAACCACCCUGGAAUUGACUCAUAGAGAAGGGGGAGAAAAGAGUAUGAUGAUGAACAUAAUGUUGAACCAAGGACUGAGACCAGGUCCUGGCCUUCUGGAUGCUAGAGGGUGUUCAGUUGAUCUCCUGACCCCAGAGGAGACACAGAAGUCUAUUUCAGGCCAACUAGUCCAGAAUUACUUUGUCAUAUUUUCUUUGUAAAAUUCUCCUGUUUGCCCACCCAUGGUUGUUUCCCCCCAUACCCUCCAUCCUAAUCUGUCCCCUGUAACCAAGCCCCAUCUGUAAUAUAGAGAAAUUACUAUCCCCAGCCUGAGUUUGUUGGGUGUCCUAAAAGUUGGGGUGGUCAUGAGUGAAUGAAAUUACAAAGGGAGGAAAUAAGAGGAAGGAAGAAGGGCUUUUUCUCCCAUCAGUUGAUCCUCUCCCACUGUUUUCUGAGUGCCAGGAAGUGAAGAUGAGGGCCCCUAAUCAGGUUGGUGUCCUGCGCUGACCCUGCUGCACUAACUGCUCAAAGCCAAACAGCUCAUGUCAAGACCCACUUUGGACUUCAGCUAUAAAAAUAGUUGUCUUCCCCCCCCCCCCCCGUUGGGUUUUUUUUUUUUUUUUUUUUAAAGCGCUACUAAUGUAGAGAAUGAAUUGAAUUGUGCAAUGUUGCUGUUCUGGGGGUUGGGAGGAUUGUGUCCCAUUUGCCCACAUUGUGGGGGUAGGGGGAGGGAACCAGGCUGUUUUGAGGUAAGGGAAACCCCUGAGGCAAGGAUUUCCGCUCUCCUCAUAGUAUAUACCCACCUGCCUCUCAGCUCCAGAAGCUGCCAGGGUGCAGUGAAGGGUUAUUACCCUCAGCAUAGAGGUAUGAGGAAGAAUUUAGCAUUUUUCUCUUGAAAUCACCUGGGGAAGUUCCCCCACUUUUAUUUUUAAAAGUAAUUUUUUGAAGUAAGGCACUUUUAAAUUUAAUAACACAUACACAUACAAACUGCACAUCUUCCCCAUAAACUUUGGGGAUGGGAUGGAAGAAGGAGCUGGAAUCAGGCUCAUUCUCCCCACUCUGGCCACUAUUCCCCAUACCCCAGAGCCACUGUGGGUGAUUAUACUGGCCCUACGGGCCUUCCUGGCUUUUUGUGUCUCCUCCCUUCCCCCAAAUUCAUUGAGCACUUAAUAAAGGAGCAGAGAUGCAGCCUGUGUCUGGGCUCCCCCAGUGGUGAAAUGAUCUGGAAGCUAGACGCUAGUAACAGGUAGUGAUGGGGUCGUUUGGAGUAUUUUUCUGGGGAGUAUGGUACCCCCAACUGUAAGUGGUGGGAGAGGGAGGGGUGGGUAAUGAACUGGGUCUGGGGUUAUUUUAAAAUUAUAUAUAUAUAUAUAAAGAUAUAUUCUUACAUCUUUUCUUUGCCCUUUGUGCUUUGAAAGCACUGGAUAAAUCGUUUGGUUUUGCUUAUCUCUUCCACGAAAUUGGAAGCUUUUUCUUUUUAAUACUAUUUUCCCUACAAAUCAUCUUGCCUUGUGGCAUGUCUGUCUAGCCUCUUCCUCCCCCCAUGAAGAAGUGCCAUUUCUGUUAUGUCUCCCUCUCCCCCAGCUCAGAGGUGCUCAGAGGUACGAGGUGCCCAAGUUUGUCAGUUGAGAUUAAAAGUAAGGAACAGAAAAUGUGCAAUACCGUCGGGCUGGGGCCAUCCCUGCCCUGAGCUGAGUCCCUUCCCUGGGAGCCAGGCCACCUUUGAAUGGGGUUUUGAAAGUAAGAUGUGUAGAGAUGGGGAAUGAUGGGGAAGGAAAGCCUAUAUAUGUGGUCAGUGCCUGUUAAGGUGCUGAGGCAUUAGGGGAGAGGGUGGAGUCUUCCCUGUUUUUAAUCCCCUCAGGGUCAAUUACAUAGAAGCUGCUUGUUGACUAGUAUAGCUCGGUGACCCUUUUUGCUCAAUCGCUGAAAUUUGAUUUCUUACCCUCUCUCCUUACCAUUUUCAUACCCUUCCCAGGGGUUAGUUAUGGGGGUGAGGUUUCCCUAAUCAUGGUAAAGUAUUAGCCUUCCACCCUUUCCUUUCCCUCAUCCCUCUGUCUUCCUCAUUUCUCUACUUUCAUCACGAAUUGCCUUGUGUCCCUCCAAGCCUCUUGUUGCUGUCCAUCCCCAGGCAUUGGGCCCCAUAGACACUAAACCUUAUGCCCUAAAGAUAGAGGGUAGACCAUUUGUUCAGAGUUAUCCUUUAGCCCUGGAACCCAGGGUAAUGCUAGAGUAAGGAUGGCACCAGUUCUGCCUGGCUUCUUUUAUCCCCCUGAGACUUUAAAAGUAGUUUGUGGACAGGGGCUUACCUAGCAGCCUGGAGCGGGUGGCUUAGCAUUACGGCUUGGGUAAAACUAGGGGACAGAGGUCCUUAUUUGUCAACUUUUAAAUUUUUCUCUUCUUUGUCAUUUGACCACAGCAUCUGGACUUCCUCCAUCCCUGGAAUGAGUAUUUUUUCCACAUUUUUGGAUGUAUGUAUGGUAGACGAUUUUUUUUAAGACACAGAUAAAUGUUUUCCUGCUUUGGUUACCUUUCCUUUCCUGUUUAAAAGGAAUUAGCUAUAGAACUGCUUUGUAAAGAUGCUUCUUGAUAUUUUACUUUUGUUCCUUUUUCCCAACCACCCCUUUUCUCCCCCACUCCUCCAGAAGGCAUAACCCUUCUCUCCACAUCCCCCAUCCCCACCCCAGUCCUAGGCUCCUUUCCCCUCCAACAAGACCUUCAUUAGCUUAUGAUAUUUGCUGCCGAGAUGUUAUAACAAGGACUCAUUCGUGUAUAUAAGCUAUUUCUUGAUCCAUUUAAAAGGAAUUGUACAUUGUGUAGAAAAAAAAAACUGAAAAAGAAAAAAAAAAAGCCCUAGCCAUGGAUAUUGUGAAACUGUGUUAUGUCAUUUUGUAAUGUGCCCGUUUGUGUAUGAUCCGUGCAAAAGGGUUUCUGGGGAAGGGGAGGGGGUAGGGAGGCAGGGCUGUGGAGGGUGGGUAGGGGAGUGGGCCGGGCCCAGCACACUGAGACUGGCAGCUGCUCCAACCCCACCCCUCCUUAGAGAUGCCACCUCCCCCACCACCCACCCCUAAUUUGUGCCUUGCCUCCCCACCCUGGAGUAGUCCCUCCGGGUCACCAGCACUGCCUUGGCAGAGCCCACUCCCUACCCUAACCUGCCCACCCUCCCUGCCCCCCAGCAUUAGGUUGAUACUGUGGGGAAGUGCUGGGGCUCGGGAGGUAGCCGAGGAAUGGGGGCAGUUCCCGGGGGCAUUGAAACCAAGUAUUAUUAUGAAUUGUAAUUGUAUUUGCACUGUUUUUUUCCUCUGAUUGCAUCAGCAUAUAUACAAUAUACCUAUAUAAUGAAAUUCAGUGUCAAGCUUUCUUAUGCAAGGGAUUUCCCCCACCCCACCCCCCAAAAUAGAACCUAGUUUCCUGGGUCAUCGAGGGUGGAUUGUUAGGGGACUAUAAAAAAAAGGAUUCUAGCAAGUCAUCCUAAGAAGGCUCAACCUAAGAUGAGCCCCACAUCAUCUGCACACAAUUUUAGGCUUCUUACACUGAGGUAAGACUGGGCUGCUGUCAAAGCUGAGGCUCCUAGUCUGGGCUGUGGAGAGUAGAAAACCACAUACAAAGAGGCAGGGUGGUGGUAGGCUGGAGGCUUUGGGUUCUAGUCCCAAGCUUUCUUGCUAACUUGCUGUGUGAUCUUUGGUACAGUUAAGUUUCUAGAUCUGUUUUCUUAUGUCUGAGAGGGGAGAUAAUCUGGCCAUCGAGGUGAAAGUUCAGAUCCAUGCUUGUUUCCUCCACCUACAAAACAAGAAUUUGAGGUAAGAAGUGUUGGGCUGAAAACCAAGGAGGAUACCAGAGUGGCUGGAGUUGAAGUGGUGGUGCAGGGUCACAGUGCCCUUGCAGAACUGCCAGGCCCCUACUGUUAACUCUUGGCUGGGGAAAGCAGAGUGAUGGCCAGGCCAUCAGUCAGACCUGUGACAUCUGUGCCCCCUUGCCUGGUCAUCUGAGGACAGGCCCCAACAAGCCCCACCCCACACGAGCCACAGGGCCCUUCAGGGUGGUUGAUCGAUGAAUGCCCCAGGUUGGUGAUCUAGAUACACCCUUUGUGAGCUACAGUCUUACAAAAUAGGAGAGCUUAGUUGUAAUCUACAUCUUGUCUCCUUUCCCUCAGAUCUCAUCUGAAACCCCCUAAAAGCAGCUGUCUUACAGUCUGUCUGCUUCAGUGGCCCCAUUUCCCCAUAACCUGGGCUGAGUUAUUCCCACACUCUAGAUUCUUGGCUGGUAAAGCCUGGAGAGGAUAUAGGAUGAUGGGUGAGGCCCUGGUGAAGGUGGAAGGAUAGAUUGGGG